AUGAAACUACUGUGUUUAAUCUUGGGCCUUUGGGUUCUUGGAGGAUGUUUCCUGUCUGCUGAGUGUCACAGAGGCCCUAGAAGACAACAUGAUCCUAGAGGAUGGCCUCCUACUCUACCCCCUCACAAUAGUCCAAGAUUUUCCAACUUCAGUUUCUCUAGUCGAGAAUUUUAUAUGUUUCUCCCUCUUCCCACCUAUGGUCCAGGAUUUAGACCUUUUCGUCCCCUUAGUUCAAAUCCACCUUACAUGCCAAGACGUCCAAGACCCAGACCUCCAAACUCCUCGCCUCUUCAACUUCUCCCUCAAUACAACACUAUUGCCAAUAUCUCCCUAACUACUGCUACUGUCUCAAAUUCCACUGAUGAUCAUCUGAGGUGGUGGCAAAGAUUACUUCCCCUGUGGCAGUAA